AAAUUUCAGCUGAUGGUGAGGUUACCAGCUGAUGAGGGAAGUGACGGAGAGAUAGAAGUUACGUUAAUACCUUAAAAUUUAAUAUUUUCACAAACUUUAACGAUAUAAAAUAUGCGUGCAAAAUACAUUGGAGCCGCUGGCAGCAAAAAGGCCUUUGCUGCUGCAGGCGCUACAACCAUAGGUUUAUUCCUUGUCAACUAUGUACCGAAUACAUUUGGAUUGGAGUAUUAUAAAAAUUUCCUGCAAUGCUAUAAACACGGACAGCCGGUAACUCUAUCGAAAAAAGUUUUGGAACGCUUUGAAAAGGCCAAGGAGUUCUGCGAGCUUGAACAAUAUGAGGUUCAUUUUGCAAAACCUUUUACCGUAUUUGGAUUUGACGUUUCAUUGCUGGGAACUACCAAAUCUCGUUUUGGAGCUUUUAUUGGUAUUCCCGCAAAUUAUGAAUACGAAAGUGUAGAGGACAUCAAACAUAAUGAAAUACGUUUUCGUGAUCAAGAUAUUGAUUGGAAUUCCGAAAGCGGCAAAUAUCUAAAAGAAUCCCUUGUGUUAACCGAGGAUGAGCAAAUUUUUGGAUUAUGUAAAGCAUUGCUGCAGGCUAAAACACAAUAUGUGUUGAUGAAUUCGAUAUAUCCUUCUCUAUCCUUCCUAACCGUCUAUACUGUGGGCAGUUAUCUAAAUUCCAGUUUAGGUCUUCUAGCCAGACCUUUCAGUCUAAGACUGGUAAUGUAUUCGAUUUUGGGUUUGUUUGGGUUCGGAUCAUGGUGUUUCUUAAAAGAUUAUAGUCAAGUGAGUCUGGAUGCCGAUAUAGACAAAAACUUGUCGGAUAAAGGCUCAAGGUUUGUACAAGCCGGAAUAAGCUACUAUGACAAGCAAUUAAAGAAAAAUAUGGCUCUAAGAAAGCUAUUGAAUGACGAUACUUUUACGGUAAAGGGAAAUGUAAACUAUUUCCUUCGACAAGAAUCGUUGCCUCUGACCAUACGGAAAUCAUAUUUUGAAAGUAAAUUGGAAGAGUCGGCUAAUUGAGCAGUGAGUGAGGUAUUGCUGUUCUAGUUUUAAGAAGCAUUUUUAAAUUGAAAUUAAUAAAAUUACAAAAUUGUUGAUUAUGUACAAA